AUGCCUGGUGCUAAUUACAACAAGGACGAGAAGGUCCUGUGCUUCCACCACGAGAUCCUUUACGAUGCCAAGAUCUUGGAUGUUCGCCUCAAAGAUCCCAAGGACAAGAAAAGUGCCUAUGAGUACCAAGUCCACUACAAGGGCUGGAAGAACACCUGGGAUGACUGGGUUCCUGAGGAUCGUCUUCGCAAGCUCAACGACGUGAACCGGGAACUCGCCAACAACUUGCGCCGAGAGGCUGAGGCUUCGUUCCGUUUGAAGAACGCCAAGCCUACUGGCAAGAAGCGUGCUGCUUCCGACCGUGAUGACGUGCGGGACAGCGAAGAGCGUGGCUCCGUUCCUGGCCGUGCCACAAAGCGAGCCCGUGAGAUGGACAUCGAAAAGGAGGAGACUUACCUGAUGCGUCCGUCCGUCCGCAUCAUGAUGCCAGAUAACCUGAAGUCCCUCCUCGUUGACGACUGGGAGCAGGUGACCAAGAAUCAGUACGUUGUCUCUCUGCCGUCUAAGUACCCCGUCCGCAAGAUUCUGCGUGAUUGGUACGAGGAGGAGCUGCCAAAGCGGAAAGGAUCGUCGGCGGAUGAGGACGUUCUAGAGGAAGUGGUCACCGGGCUCCAAGAGUAUUUCGACAAGUGCCUCGACAAGAUCCUUCUCUACCGCUACGAGCGGGCGCAGUAUCGGGGGCUGCGCCGCAAGUUCGAGGCUGCGACUGGGCUGCUGGCCGAUAAGGGCCCUGCGGAUGUUUACGGCGCGGAGCACCUGAUCCGCUUGUUCAGCAACAUGCCCGAGUUGAUUGCUCAGACCAACAUGGACGUCCAGGCAACUAACCGCAUGCGCGAGGAGAUCUCCAAGUUGUCCAUGUGGCUGAGCAAGCACUCGGAGAAGUACUUCACCACCAGCUACGUUCUGGCGGAGAGUACUUACUGA